GUAUAGUUGUACUACUCAUUUUAUGUCUAAUAAUAGUCAUAGUCAUAGUAGUACUCAUAAAAUACUCAUAUUCAUAGUUAUUAGUAUCACUGGUAUCAGUGUAAUCAGUCAUACUCAUAGACAUAGUCUGGGCAUAGUCAUAGUCUGUAAUAAUCAUACUAUUCAUACUAGUCAAACUCACUGAUACUGAGAGAGAUAGAUCUAGAUUGCUAGAUCUAGUCCUCCUCUAGAGUAGAGGGCUAGCUAGACUCGCUAGUCCCGCUAGACUACUCUGAGGCCUAGACUCACUUCUAGAGUUGGACUGACUAAGACUUACUUAUCUUACUAAUAAUUACUUACUUACUUAGACUUGAGUCUGACUCUACUAAGUAGAUCUACUAAGUCUAACUCUAACUAUAGACUAUUAUCACUAUCUAUACUCUAUACUAUACUAAGUAUAGAUGAUAGAUCUAGUAGUAGUAGUAGUACUAGUAGUAAUCUAGUUCUGGUAGAAUCUAAGUCUCUAAGUAGAUCUAUAAUAAUCUAUAGACUAUUAUCACUAUAGACUAGUAUAGACUAUGAAUAUGAAUAUCAAAUACUGAACUAGACUAGAUCUAUACAUAAACUUAGUUAUAGUUUUAGUACUAAUACUACAGUGAGUGAGUGACUUCAUGACUUACUAAGUAAUAGAUAGUAAUUUUUAUAGCUCCAUAAUGGUUAGUUCUAGGAAAAAAUUGGAAACAUCUAUAAACUUGUCAUCCAUUGGUCACUAAAAAUAGAUAUAUUGUUUAGUUACACCAACUUACGCAAUGCAUAGUUACAAUAAAAUAUGUUGAAGAGAGUCAGGUCAAUGAGGUCCAGCCCUUACAUUAACGAACACCAUUUCCCACUCUGUACACUAACGAAUACUUUGUGUUCUUUGUAUUUAAAAAUGAUAUUACCUUCAAUUUUUUUAAAAUUUUAAUAUAAUUUCUUUUUACACCAACUCAAGACUGACAGAUUAGUGUCACUUUUCCUUCUUUUAAUUGCUCCCUUCUCUGCUAAACUCUCAACUUUACAAAGGGCCAUAUACUGUGACCUACCUAGAUCUAGUUGACCUCCAAAAAAAUGAAACAACUGCGUGACCCAGAGCGUCUAGCCCACUUACUCCACUCAGUGAUUGUGACCUAAUUUGGUACCUGAUCGAUCAAUAAUUGCCCCUCCCGCUAUGUUUGUCCAUUGUGGUUCGAUGACCACUUUGUCAUCCAGGGGGCUGAGGGCUUUGCACUGGGGUUUUGUGCCUCCUCAUGUGGCUGGUGAGACCUAUGGGAACCCAGAAUGUUCAGCUGCACACUGGGCAGGUUAUUCCAGCUGGAGCUAGUGUCGUGGGCUUUGCUUUUCUUCUCUGGCAUUUUUCUUCUGCCAGGGUUGUUCUCUUUUCCUCAGCAACCUGUGCGCCAGUUUUCACAGCUUGACGCCAUGAUGUUCUGUCAUGUGCCUCUGUCUCCCAGGUGGCUGGGUCUAUGCUAAAUGCCUUCAGAGAAGAUUUGAGGGUGUCCCAGAAACUUUUUCUUUGACCGCCUUGCGAGCGCUUUCCUUCACUUAGUUGGCCAUACAAGAGUCGUUUAAGGAUGCAUCGAUCUUCAAAUCUGCAGACAUGUCCUGCCCAUCGCAGCUGGGACUUCAUCAGGAUUGUGUGGAUGCUUUGUUGAUGACACCAUGCUAGGUACCUACCUAGGCUGGUCAAUCAAUGAUUAGAGCGCCAAGGAGAGAAAAAAAGAGAGAGAGCAGGAUUGUGCCACCCAUAAAAACAUUUUUUUUUCACACACAUUAUAUCCAACUCUGCCCCUAAUUAGCACUAUGUUUAGCGAUAUACCCUUUCUUUUUACCCAUUCACGUCACACUUGGUUUAACAUCUAAGACAAAAACAAAAUUAAGUAAGAAAAUGUUAGAUCUAUACAAAAUAAAUCAGGAAUGUCCAUUUUUUCAACAUUAAAAUAGCGUUCGUUAGUGUCAUUGAUAGUGAUAAAGACCGUUCGUUAGUGUCAUUGAUUGUGACAAACGAAUAUUAUGGAACACCCCAUAUUUACACAAAGACUAUGCCAUGUGUGUGUUUUUAGGCCUAUUUAGAAGCAUUUUAGAUAGUUCGUGUUUAGCUGAUACUUUAAUUUUCUUAAAAAAAUCUCCUUAACCCUGGACCUACCUUCCUUCUGUCCUAGAAGAAAAAAAAUGGCAUCGUCCUACCAUUGUUCCUUUGAACCCGUGUUAAACCCUUGUUUUUCAGAGUAAACGAAACUGUGUCUGAACUACAAAGAAAUGGUAUAAAUAAAAACAAUAGACUGGUUUCGUCAUAGCUAUCAGAAUAGAGGCUCAUUUUAACAAAGAUUAUGGGGUGUUAGUUAAUGUCAGAAAAUAGGGGGUGUUCAGAAGACAAAAAUUACUAUAAUAUAAUUUAAUUCUAGAUCUACUUAAAAAACUUAACUAAUAAAUAUUUGUUUAAUAAUAAUUAUACUACUUAUCUUAUAUAGACUCUCCUCUGUAUAAAAAUGAGUGUAUCUCAUAAGAUAAGAUAUAUAUAUAUAUAUAUUGUUACGAAUCUCACUAUCCAGGCUCUCUGCAAACUGCACCAUACACCACCAACUUAAAGAACUUGACAAGUCAGGGCUCCAAAAUAACGUAAAGGUUUAAUGUCCAUAAAUAACAGCCAAUACUGUACAAUUGGCAGCACGUAGAACAGUACAAAUAGCUCUGCGAUAACAAAUAUCUCUCCGAUAACACCGUUCCGCCGUAUCAAGUCUUGCACUGGCCUCUCCGUCUCAUUCCGGGCUUGCACUGGGUUCAACAGUUCAGGACUGACUUCACACACUUGGGCUCGUUGUGUCGGACUCGAUCACAGACCAAGAUCAAGACGCCGUUCGUCUCAACUGUACUUGAUAGUACUCCGCACUGAACCGUCGUAAUGCUCCGUACAGAACCACACCGCUGAACUGUGCUGUAGUCGACCGUGUUCUGAACUCUUGUCGUGAACCUCCUUUCUGAACCAUCUUGACUGCGACACCUCCGCUCUUAUAUAGGGUCCCUACUGGCCUUCUCGAACCGGAGAGAAUGCCGUUCGACGUUUCUAGGUGGUCAGGUGACUACAACUCUCGUGACGCUGCGAUCCUUCCCGAACUGUCCUGUUGACACGACUCGGCUGACAGUCGUACCUCGUCACGGUUGACCGCUCGUCUAGCGCUGGCCUGGGGCGAUUUGCGUCGGCUGACUACACACACACUACUACCCCCAUUUGUGCCACCACCAGGUUUAUAACAAUAUAUAUAUAUAUAUAUACUAGCCUGGCAUUGCCUGCGGGUCUAAGUUUGUGUUUACUAAUCUAGUGGCUUGGAUUUAGAUGUAUGUUAAACUAAGCUAAUGAUCCUUUCACAUUAUUUCUCUUUCGCUCUGAAAAUAAAAUUAGUUUUGCGAAAAUGGGUUUACCUGAGGUCGAUACAUUCAUAUCUAUUAAAAACGAAAAGAGUGAUAGAUUUGUUAAAUGAAUGGGAUUAUAAAGUGACCAAUUAAACGAAAUAAUUUUUAGUACGCGAUUCAUGAAUGAAUAUAGAUCUAGGCCUAUCUCAACUCGGAUUCGCAGCUUUUGUAAAUGAAUGUAGUCUCUUAAAAAUAAUGCUUUAGAAAACCAAAUUUGAAUGUUUAUUUGAUCUAAAUAUGAAAUGAAUGGACUAUAAUUAGUAUGUUCAUGUGUUAAAGUAUAAAACUAUCUGUGCGAAGAAAAGUUUUAUCAUCUUAGAGUUGAAUUAGAGUUUUAGAUCUAGGGAUGGGAUUAUAAAGUAAACAAUUAAACGAAUUAAUUUUUAGUACGCUAUUCAUUACGGUAUUGUCUAAUGAAAGAAUGUUCGUCAGGAAAUCUGUAGUUACAUAUAUAAGGAGCUAAUUAAUGUAAAAAAUGCUUUUGAAACACAAAGUUGAAGGUUAAUUUUAUUAUAUAAUGAAAUCAAAGGAUCUUCUUUUGUAUUUUCAUGUGUCAAAGUAAAAAACUAUCUGCGCAAAGUGUAUUUCUUAAAAUUAGAUCUAGGUCUAAAUCCUUUCGAUCUUUUCUCAUGUCAACAUUGUAGACAUGACCUAGAUCCAUAAAAUACUAUAGCUUUAAUAGAGUCAGACAAAUUUUUUUUUUUUAGGGUCUUAAGUUUGUUUUAUGGCUACAAUACAUACACUAAGGUCUAAGUUGGUACCCAAGAAACAUUCCUGCCAAGUUUUAUCAAGAUUGGUCAAGCGGUUUUAAUGUCUAUAAGUAACAUACAUAAAUACAUACACCUCACAUUCUACUUUAUAAUAUAGAUAUAUAAUUCUCUUCAUGGCUCAAGAGUUUGGACACCACGUAAUGGAAAGAUCACUCUUUUAUUUUUGCAAGUCAGAUGGACUAGAGUUACCCAACGAAAAAAAAGAGGGGGGAGAACAAGUAUCAUUCACCCUUCACAAAAUAGCAGGGCCGGACUUGUGAACAAGAAGUCAUGGAAAGAUCACUCUUUUUAUAUCUACCCCACAUAGUUUAAGCGGUCAGCGAAAUAAAGAGAUGGGGGAGAACAAAUAAUCUACUCUGUAUUCACCCGUCACUAAAUAGCAGGGCCGGACUUAACCAUUGUUGGGCCCUAUGUGAAACGGAAUUCGCAGGGCCUAGUUUGGGUAGGGUUACGGAUUAUAAGUGAAAAUUAAGAGUUUAUAUUAGAAAAUACAUUCAUCUUUGCAUUUAUUUCAUUCUUUACUACAUACAGAAUUACUUUACGAGCCUUGCGUGUAGCAAAGUCAUACAGUACAUCAUAAAAAUUCUAUUUCCUUCAUAGAUCACGCUCAAUAGCAAGAAUUACCAAAUGUUUCAAUCUAUCUACCAGUAUUGUUGACCUCAAGUAAUUCUUCAUUAGUUUGAGGCGCGAGAAGCUUCUUUCACCAGGUUAAAAAAUUAUGGGAUAAUGCAGAAUUUUUAUUGCGGGUAGGAUUGUCGUUUUCCAUAUUGAAUGACACCCCAAAAUGAAAAUUUUUGUUUGUAUAUUUCAGGAGCUUUGUAUGGGUUUUCUAAAGAUUUUAAUAAUUUCAAUAUAUUUCCAGGACUUUUUCGUAUAUUUUGCAAUUUCAAGGAGAUUUCCAGGAGCUCAUGAUCUAAGUGAUACAGUGGUCUAUGAAAAGACACAAGCUAGUAAACUAAUAUCACCUCGUUGUACAGUGGUCUAUGAAAAGACACAAGUUAGUCAACUAAUAUCACCCCGUUGUACAGUGGUCUAUGAAAAGACACAAGUUAGUCAACUAAUAUCACCCCGUUGUACAGUGGUCUAUGAAAAGACACAAGUUAGUCAACUAAUAUCACCCUGUUGUACAGUGGUCUAUGAAAAGACACAAGCUAGUCAACUAAUAUCACCCUGUUGUACAGUGGUCUAUGAAAAGACACAAGUUAGUCAACUAAUAUCACCCCGUUGUACAGUGGUCUAUGAAAAGACACAAGCUAGUCAACUAAUAUCACCCCGUUGUACAGUGGUCUAUGAAACGACACAAGUUAGUCAACUAAUAUUACCCCAUUGUACAGUGGUCUAUGAAAAGACACAAGUUAGUCAACUAAUAUCACCCCGUUGUACAGUGGUCUAUGAAACGACACAAGCUAAUCAACUAAUAUCACCCCAUUGUACAGUGGUCUAUGAAAAGACACAAGCUAAUCAACUAAUAUCACCCCAUUGUACAGUGGUCUAUGAAAAGACACAAGCUAGUCAACUAAUAUCACCUUGCUGUACAGUGGUCUAUGAAAAGACACAAGCUAGUCAACUAAUAUCACCCUGCUGUACAGUGGUCUAUGAAAAGACACAAGCUAGUCAACUAAUAUCACCCUGUUGUACAGUGGUCUAUGAAAAGACACAAGCUAGUCAACUAAUAUCACCUCGCUGUACAGUGGUCUAUAAAAAGACACAAGUUAGUCAACUAAUAUCACCCUGUUGUACAGUGGUCUAUGAAAAGACACUAGCUAGUCAACUAAUAUCACCUCGCUGUACAGUGGUCUAUGAAAAGACACAAGCUAGUCAACUAAUAUCACCCUGUUGUACAGUGGUCUAUGAAAAGACACAAGCUAGUCAACUAAUAUCACCUCGCUGUACAGUGGUCUAUGAAAAGACACAAGCUAGUCAACUAAUAUCACCCUGUUUUAUAGUGGUCUAUGAAAAGACACAAGCUAGUCAACUAAUAUCACCCUGUUGUACAGUGGUCUAUGAAAAGACACAAGUGAGUCAACUAAUAUCACCCUUCCUCCUCGAGAAAGUGUCUCUGUGCCCCUCACAUACACACCAAUACAGAUUGAAUGAAUGUUUUAAAAAUAUAAGUAUCUGACUGUAGCAAUAACUUUAUUUUACUGAUUUUGUACAAA